AUGGCCUUCCUGCACAGCUGCUUUGCCCUCCCCUAAGCCUGUACCGUGAGGACUGCUUUCUCAGGACUCCUGUCAUAAUUUCUUUGUCAUGAGGAUGCUGGGACAUAUAAGGACAGAGGCACAGAGCGUGGUGUCAGUUUCCUAGGGCCACUGUAACCAGGUAAACAGAGGAAAUAGCUAAAAAUGACAAGUAGAAGUAUUGAGGAGUCCAUGGGGGCUGUUCAUAUGGGGUUAGUCAGAACACUUAAAGGAUUCCAAAGCAAGAUUUUACCACCCCUGAGUCCAAAGGUGGUUGCAGAAGAUGAAGUAAAUCAAAUGCUGACACCCUCGGAGUUUCUGAAGGAAAUGUCCCUUACCACAGAGCAGAGACUGGCCAACACCCGUGUGAUGUGCCGACCGCAGAUCAUUGAACUUUUAGAUAUGAGGGAAACAACACAUCAAAAGUUUCCAGGAAUUGACCUGGAUCAGGCGUUAUUCCAGCCCUUUCCAUCAGAAAUCAUAUUUCAGAACUAUACUCCCUGUGAAGUCUAUGAGGUUCCACUGGUUUUGAGGAACAAUGACACAAUUCCAAGGAUGGUGAAAGUUGUUGAGGAAAGUUCACCUUACUUUAAAGUAAUCAGCCCCAAAGGUAUCAGCCACAAAGUCGCUCCAGGAGUGCCAUCCGUGUUCCGAAUCCUCUUUACUCCAGAGGAAAACAAGGAUUACGCCCAUGUGUUGACCUGUGUUACUGAAAGAGAAAAGUUUAUUGUGCCCAUCAAAGCUAGAGGCGCACGAGCCAUCAUAGACUUUCCAGACAAGCUGAGUUUCCCCACUUGCCCUGUCAAGUACAGCACUCAGAAGACCCUGCUGGUACGAAACAUUGGCAACAAAGGUUCUGUGUUUCACAUCAAAACUCAUAGGCCCUUCUCUGUAGAGCCAUCUGUUGGAACUCUUAAUGUAGGAGAGUCCAUGCAACUGGAAGUGGAUUUUGAACCACAGACUGUGGGCAAUCACAGUGAAAGACUUAUUGUGCAUUACGACACAGGUGAAAAAGUGUUUAUAUCUCUGUAUGGAGCUGCUGUAGACAUGAACAUAAGGUUGGACAAGAAUUCCUUGAUCCUUGAGAAAACUUACAUAUCUCUGGCCAAUCAGCGAACUGUAACUAUUCACAACCACAGUAACAUCAUUGCCCAUUUCCAGUGGAAGAUAUAUGCUACCCAGGAAGAGGAAGACCAAGAAAAGUACAGGAUAUGUGAUGAUCUUAGCAAAAAGGAAAAGAGUGAGACCGAUGAGUUUCUUGAGGAGUGCAUUAUUGAUCCUUCUCUCCGACAGCGUCUUUCCAUUCUCUCCCGCACUUUUGAGAAUCAGAGAAAGCUGGUUCAGGCAGACAGCAUGCUCUUCUUGAAUACCAUUUUCACUGUUGAGCCUCUGGAAGGCGAUGUCUGGCCCAAUUCAUCAGCUGAAAUCACUGUGUACUUUAAUCCCCGGGAAGCCAAGCUCUACCAGCAGACUGUCUACUGUGACAUUUCAGGUCGAGAGAUCCGUCUGCCCCUCCGAAUCAAAGGGGAAGGAAUAGGACCAAAGAUUCAUUUCAACUUUGAGUUGCUGGAUAUUGGAAAAGUUUUUGUUGGAUCUGUACAUUGUUAUGAGGCAGUGCUGUCCAACAAAGGCAGCAUUGAUGCCCUCUUCAAUGUGAUCCCUCCAGUUUCUCCUCUGGGGGCCUGCUUUGUUUUCAGUCCCAAGGAAGGCAUCAUCGAACCAAGCGGAGUCCAGGCUGUCCAGAUCUCCUUUAGUUCUGCCAUCCUAGGGCGCUUUGAAGAAGAGUUCCUGGUCGAUGUGAAUGGGUCAUCUGAGCCUGUGAAACUGACCAUUAGAGGCUGUGUCAUUGGACCUACCUUCCAUUUUAAUGUUCCUGCUCUGCAUUUUGGUGAUGUUUCCUUUGGGUUUCCUCAUACCUUGAUAUGUUCCCUCAAUAAUACCUCCUUGGUCCCCAUGACCUUCAAACUGCGUGUCCCUGGGGAUGGCGUUGGCCAGCAAAGCAUUUCAAGUUCUGAGCAGUAUUCAGACAACAAAAAACAAUUUUGGAACAAGGAUGAAUUACCUGUAAUAAGACCAAAAGAAUUCACCAUAACCCCCAGCUGCGGCACCAUUCGCUCCCAAGGAUUUGCUGCUAUCAGGGUGACGUUAUGCUCCAACACUGUGCAGAAAUAUGAGCUGGCCCUGGUGGUAGAUGUGGAGGGCAUCGGGGAGGAAGUGCUGGCACUCCUAAUCACAGCAAGGUGUAUUGUACCUACCCUCCACGUGGUUAAUACAGAGGUGGACUUUGGGCAUUGCUUCCUGAAGUAUCCAUAUAAGAAAACGAUCCAGCUUGUCAAUGAUGAUGACCUCCCAGGAUGCUAUCGGGUCCUGCCUCAGGCGAGUUACUCUAUCCAUUUUCAGUGUUGCUUUUUAUUCAGUUGGAUUCCUUCAGUGAGAAAGAGAAGUCCUUUGAAAGAGCCAUAUUCCUGACCACAUGAUCUACGU